AUAGAAAUUUGCUGGUAAAGAGGUCUAAGGUUUUGGCGUCUCUACGAAUAUAAACAGACAAAGCUUUCGAAAGGUAGGGCGGUUUUUUGUAGUGGGAAGCAAGAAAGUAAGAAUGGAGAUGCAAGGAAAGAAAAAAGUUCACACACUUUUGCCGUUGUCUCUCUCUUCCAUAUAAAUCCAGUACCUUCUUCUAACUCAUUGCAAUAGGCGGGCUGUUUAGCACAGUUACCUGAAACGCAAAGAUGAGCUAUUCCCAUUCCAAUAUGUGUUCUGGUAGCAGAACUGCUAAAAGAACACUUGAGUUCGGUAGGACACAUGUGGUGAGGCCCAAAGGAAAGCAUCAAGCCACAAUAGUCUGGCUACAUGGACUUGGGGAUAAUGGCUCGAGCGCUUCUCAACUCUUGGAGUCUCUUCCUCUUCCAAAUAUUAAGUGGAUCUGCCCCACUGCUCCUACCCGUCCUGUGGCUAUACUCGGUGGAUUUCCUUGCACUGCCUGGUUUGAAAUGGGAGAGCUUUCAGACGAUGGUCCAGAUGAUUGGGAGAGUUUAGAUGCUUCAGCAGCACAUAUUGCGAACUUGUUGUCAACUGAGCCAGCUGAUGUUAAAGUCGGUAUUGGAGGCUUUAGUAUGGGUGCUGCGAUGGCCCUUUAUUCUGCAACUUGUUAUGCUGCAGGUAGGUAUGGAAAUGGCAACCCAUACCCUCUCAAUCUGAGGGCAGUUGUUGGACUAAGUGGUUGGCUUCCAGGAGCAAGGACCUUACGGAACAAAAUUGAAGGGUCACAUGAGGCUGCAAGGCGUGCCGCAUCAUUACCCAUUUUGCAAUGUCAUGGAAAAAAUGAUGAUGUAGUCCCUUACAAAUAUGGAGAGAAAUCAGUCAACUCCUUGAAUUCAGCAGGAUUCCGAUACCUUACGUUCAAACCCCUUGAUGGGCUUGGUCAUUACACUAUCCCUAAAGAGAUGAAUGAAGUCUCCAGUUGGCUAUCUGCAAGGCUGGGGCUUGAGGGGUACCGCUCAUAAAUCUGACAGUGUCUAAUUGGAGAUAGUGAGGGAGUAGUAGCUAACAAUAAUGAGUGAGGAACGCCCAUGUACAAGUAGGUGCUAUACAAAAUGGGGCAUGGAGUAUAUGGUAUAGCUAAAUUGACCUUUCUAAUUCCCUUUCGUAUUCUGUCUUUCCUACAAAUAAAGUUUUGGGUGUGCUUUUAUGUUCCACUUGGAGGAUGUAGAGCUAGUGGUGAUUUAGUUUUGGAUGUAUUUUGUUUUGGCAUUCAUUUAUGUGAUUUUAUUAUUAAUAAUUAGUGGAGUUCUACUCUCUAUCUCUC